UUGCAGAGAUACCUCGUCAUUGGUGUCCACAAUGUCGCGGACAACGUGCAGCUGCCCCAACAAGAAGUGUUUCCAAGGCAUUUGUGACUGUUUAAUAAGGAAUGCGGUAUGCUGUUCGGGAUGCAACUGCGGUGGUGACUGCCAGAACGACUUAUCUCUUGGAACAAUCAACCCGGCUGCUGCCCAAGGUACCACCCCAACGCUUGCCUCGGGCUCUUCUGCUAACCAAUCUGCCGCUGCCCAAGCUGCUGCUGACCAAUCUGCCGCUGCCCAAGCUGCCGCUCAACCACAACCUAAACCAUUGCCAGCACAAGAACCAGAGUCCAAGGGUGAAGCCAGGAAUACCUCCCCAUCAGCAGUCAAAAUGAAGUUCAUCGACCAGGGGUGCAGCUGCAGGACGAUCGGAUGUAACCACCACCGUUGUCCUUGCUUCACGCGCAAUGUCAGGUGCACCUCAAAUUGCAAGUGCCCAGCCACAAUCUGUGUUAAUCCCGUUGGGGCCAAAGGGGAUGAGUCCAACACUCAACCAGGAGGGCAGCAAGGUACCAGUGGCACACCUGACGAAGCAGUGUUGGAGCAAGAGUCACAGAUUGUGCAGCCAAGAGAUACCUUGUCAUUGGUGUCCACAAUGUCGGAGAGGACGUGUGGCUGCACCAACAGUGAUUGCUUCCAAAGCUGUGUUUGCUACACGACGAAUGUGAUAUGCUCUCCGGACUGCAAGUGCCAUGGUCACUGUCUGCACAACGUAGUUAAGAGGUGGUCUGCUGCCCAAGGUACCACUCCAACGCUUGCAUCAGGCUCUUCUACUGCCCAAGGCAUCUCUCAGACACGACCACUUGUCCUGAUCUCUUCUGCUGCCCAAGCUGCCGCUCAAACGCUUCCCUCGAGCUCUGUUGUGGCGGCGCUCGUGCCGGAUACGAAGACUAAGGCACUGCCAGCAUGAGAACCAGGGUCUACUCAAAAGCCAUGCCGCUGUGACGAGUCCAAGUGCGAAAACAUGAACUGCAUAUGUGUCAGGGCUGGCUUGCCUUGCUCUGACCGCUGCGAGUGCAAGGACUGCGUUAACACCAAGACCAGUAAGGAGAAGCUGCAGGAUCGCGGGAUUAAAAGAGAGGUUCCUGCUUCAGGUUCUGGAAUGAGCACAAUGACCGCGGGAGAAGCACUGGCUGCCAAGGAGUCUGCCGUGGGGUGCAAUUGCCAAAGUGAAUGUGCCAGUGGCUGCGGUUGCGUGAAGGGUAACAUCAGGUGCACCUCAAUAUGCAAGUGCAAACCGCGGUGCGGCAAUGACGACGGGAGCAGAUUUACCAAUAAGUCCAAGGCAGGACCUGGAGGUCAAGGAGGUACCGGCAGCAGCAGCAGCGCCGUCGAAUCGAUGGGCAAAGGGCCAAAACACGGGUGAUGACAGUAGGCUUGAGACAUACCAGAGCAUGAUGCAAGUCACCUUACAUACUUACCAUCCUCAAGUCACCUCCUGUUCAGAUAUCUCCCACUGUAAAGCACAGCCAGGUUCCCGUAUAUUCCUUGUAAUGGAUGGUUACUCGAAGCAAGCACGGCGGCAACUCCAUGAUCUGCGAUGUCGUUAGCUUCAGAACGUGGUCUUGAUCAGACGGAUAGAUACUUGAGAACAUACAUAUACAUACUCAUGUAGGAAUAUCAGUCAGCGUCCAUGCAUACCGCGUGCCUGGAAAGGGUUGGUCUUAUGCAUACAACACAUAGUUCCUGCAAAUGAUUUUUCUCUUAUAUACUUUAGGAGUAUUCCGAUGGUGUUUGAAACCCAAUGUAGUAUGGAUCUGAUGUGCAUAAACAAG